AUGGCCGAGGAGGCGCCACCGAGCCCCGCCAUCACCCCCCUGCAGCAGAUGUUGGCCUCCGGCACCGGCGCGGUGCUCACCUCCCUCUUCGUGACGCCCCUGGACGUGGUGAAGAUCCGGCUGCAGGCGCAGAGGACACCCUUCUCCAAAGGGAAGUGCUUCCUCUACUGCAAUGGCCUCAUGGACCACUUGUACGUGUGCCAGAACGGCAAUGGCUGCACCGCCUGGUACCGGGCACCCACCCGCUUCAGCGGCACCCUGGAUGCCUUCAUCAAGAUCACGCGUCACGAGGGCAUCAGGUCUCUGUGGAGCGGGCUGCCCCCCACGUUGUGA